AUGUCCGGGCGAUACCCAGACCGAUCAGACCCAAAGCGCAGCCGGUCGCGUUCGCCAUCGUCGUGGCGUCACCAGAAACAUCCCCGUCGAGAAGACAGAGAAUGGCGCGAUCGACCAGACUCGGAUCGCAGAUGGAACAAUGAAAGAUCGGGCCCUUCACAGCAGCCUCGGAAUAUGCGCGAUCAAGUCCGGCUGAACUUGAUCCAGGAAGACCAGCAAGAGCGCGAGUGGGUCGCGCAGGAGGAUCUGUUCGUGUUGAAGCAGGCGAAAAAGAAGGCUGAGAUUCGAGUUAAAGAAGGACGCGCAAAGCCUAUCGACUGGCUGACGGUUACUCUCCGCGUCAUUGAUCCCACGCGCGAUCCCUUAGAUGACGAGAUUGCGGACUCCGAUCUGGACGUCGUGGACCCGGACGGUGUGUUUGAGGGGCUAUCGCAGACUCAGCUACGAGAUUUGGAAAAGGAUAUUGAUACAUUUGUGAACCUUGAGACGCAUCCGAAAAACCGGGAGUUCUGGCAGACAAUGAAAGUGAUCUGCCGAGACCGUCAAAAGACCGCUACACCUGAGGGCCGGGCGCUGAGCUCCGUUGCUGCAGAUAUCAACAAGCUGCUGAGCCCCAAGACCUACGAACAACUCCAGAAUCUGGAGGUGCAAGUCAAACGAAAGUUGAACUCGAACGAGCCGAUUGAUACAGACUACUGGGAAGAGCUGCUGCGCAGUCUGACCGUUUGGAAGGCCCGUGCUAGCUUGAAGAAUGUUUAUCAAGCCAUCAUUGAUGAGCGCGUUCGUGAACUGAGGAGACAGCAAAGAGAGGAAGCUGAAUCAAUUCGGAAGAAAUUGGCGCCUCUUGCCCCAGUCGUCACCGCAGGCGAUACGACUGAUUCCGCCGAAUUCGAAGGUUUAGACCCAGAACCAAUGCUCCAACUACGCCCGGAGGACAAAGGUCUGGAAAUCAUGGACGAGUCUGCAUUUCUCAACCAAGUGGCGCGCGAACGCCAGAAAAUCCUCCGCAUGGGCUUUGUGCCACUCCGACAACGACCUACUGAGAAGUCCUCCGCGCUUGUAUCGAAUUCCACGUCUACCAAUGCCCCCGCGGCGUCUGUAUCCACGAGAUUCUCGUCCAUCCCGAACGAAGACUUCUCGCAGGCCACCAAGGCUCUGUAUGAAAGGGAACUUGCCAAGGGAGUCAGCGAGAAUGAAGAAAUCUUCACGGGUGAAGAGUCCGUCAGCACGGGCGCACAGCCUCAAUGGGCUGGCAAGCAUCGGCCUCGAAAGCCACGGUACUUCAACCGAGUUCAAAUGGGUUACGAAUGGAAUAAGUACAAUCAAACGCAUUACGACCACGACAACCCGCCACCCAAGGUCGUGCAAGGUUACAAAUUCAAUAUCUUCUACCCCGACUUGAUCGACAAGACGAAGGCCCCUACAUAUCGAAUCGAACGUGAGAACGGCCGCAAGCGUGGCGAGUCAUCCGCCGAGGCAGGCGAGGAAGACACCUGUCUCAUUCGGUUUGUGGCAGGUCCGCCAUACGAAGACCUUGCCUUCCGAAUUGUCGACAAAGAAUGGGAUUAUAGUGCUAAACGAGAGAGGGGGUUCAAGAGUACAUUUGACAAGGGUAUUCUUCAACUUCACUUCCAAUUCAAGAGGAUCUAUUAUCGGAAGUAA